AUGGCGAGCACCGCAAAGUAUACCCCCGCGCCCACUGAGGACCCCGACGUCCACCACCUGUACACACAGCCUCCGCCGUCCUACCAGGCCUCGACUUCGUACCCGGCCACCAGCAGCUCUGCUCAGGACGACAUCCAUCUCUAUGGCGCCCCACGUAGUAGCCUGGACAACCUGCCGGAUGACUUCAAGUACGGCUCUUGCGUCGCCGACGCGACCAUCGAAAUCCGGACUCAGUUCGUCCGCAAAGUCUACACCAUCCUCACGACCCAGCUAGUCACCACCGGCGCGAUCAGCGCUCUCAGCUUCGCUAGCGAGGGCUACAAGGGCUGGAUCCAGAGCCAUCCUGGCAUGCUCUACUUCUCUAUGUUCGGCGCCAUCGGCAUGCUCCUCGUCACCUUCUGGAAGCGCCACUCCUAUCCAACAAACCUCAUCUUCCUCUCUAUCUUCACCAUCAUGGAAGCCUACGGUAUCAGCGUUGUCGUCUCCUACUACGACACCGCGGUCGUGCUGAACGCCGUCCUCCUGACCGCAGGCAUUUUCAUCGGUCUAACCCUCUUCGCCUGCCAAACCAAGUACGACUUCACCUCGUGGAUGCCCUACCUGUUCUUCGCCCUCUGGGGGUUGAUUCUCGUUAGCCUAUCGGCCGCCAUCCUUCCUUACUCGAGUGGCUUCGACCUGUUCCUGGCGAUCAUGACGGCGGUGCUGUUCACGGCCUAUAUCGUCGUUGAUACGCAGCUCGUUAUGCGCCACCUCCAUGUCGAGGAGGAGAUUGCUGCUGCGAUUAACCUGUAUCUGGACAUCCUUAACCUCUUCCUGGCCAUCCUGCGUAUCCUAAACAACCGUGAUGACUAA